CAUUCAGUUGAGCAGGAACAGUCGUGAGCUGGGCUGCAGCCGGAGGAGGUGGACUUACAAACCAGCCUGCGAGAGGCAGAAGUUCCAGUCGGGUAGUAAAACAGCAAGCCCAGGGAAAAGGUGAAAUGAACCCUUGGAAAUGUCUGUGGCAGAGAAUACAUGACCAAAGGACCAAGAGAGCUGCAUGAUUGUUGGACACCGGCCCUCUUAAAGGUUAAGAAAUGGGCCAGACCUCAGUCUCCUCUCUGUCUGAGCAAGCCAGCGUUGAUGGAUUAGACAAGGCUUCAAUUGCAAAUUCUGAUGGGCCAACCCCAGGAUCCCAAACCCCUCCUUUCAAGAGAAAAGGCAAACUCUCUACCAUUGGCAAAAUCUUUAAACCUUGGAAAUGGCGGAAGAAGAAGACCAGUGACAAAUUUAAAGAAACAUCAGCAGUGUUGGAAAGGAAGAUUUCGACAAGACAAAGCAGAGAAGAGCUGAUAAGAAAAGGAGUUCUGAAGGAAAUGCCUGAGCAAGCUGGUGAUGUAACAGUAAAUUUUGAAACCUCAAAUGGGCACACCAUAACUAUCAGUGAAGAAACCAUCCAGGAAGAGAAUGUAAUAAAGACCACAGAAGACAAUGGCUCUUUAUCUGCCAAAGCCUCAGCUGUGGAAGGAAAAAAAGAAGAUAAAAAAGAGCGCACUGUUAACUGUCCUGAAAAACCGGCAUCCCAUGCUCCACCGCCGCCUAAGUCUAAGCCUAAACCUAAAAAAGCAUCAAUACCUCCAAAAACUGUUACUGCUGCUGCCACCGCCACCAGCCAUAAGAGUAAUGAAGCACCUCAUGUUAAAAAAAAAGUCAAGGCUCCUGCUAAGCAGCCCCCUGUCCCACCUCCCAAGCCAACAGGUCACGAUUCAAAUCGAGGAGCUGCUAGCUCCUCUCACGUAAAAAAAUUACCCGUCUCCAAGUCAUCUUCUUCACAAUCUCCUUCAUCCACAUCAUCUCAUCCAAAAGCCUCUAAGGAGACAGCACCUAGUAAAACGGGCACAUCAGGGACUUCCAGGGGCAAGAAAAAACCCGGGAAGCAGUCAACCCCACGAACCCGUGCAGAUGGGGACAUUUCUUCCACCUCCAAUGCAGCAGCAAACAGUUUAGAAACAAAGGUGGAAAACUCUCAGCCAGAGCAACCUCCCGUCAUAAUUUCUGAAUCUGAAGCUACAGACCAGCAGAACACACUGAUUGUCCCUCCUCCUCCCACUGCUCCUCCUCCUCCACCGCCGCUGCUGCCUUCCUCUCCUUCAGCCAGUCAGUCCACUGACUCCACAGAAACACCAGAUGUACCCAUUAGCACCGAAGCAGGCCUGUCUGUCCCAGGCUCAGAUUCUAAUCCUCUUCUCCAGACCGAACAUGAAACAGACAAUGAAGACCUUAGCAGUAUCGCCCUAGACAAUAGCCUGGAUAGGAGUGAAGAAAAUACAACAUGUUCAGUUACCAAAGAAGACCAGGAAGAGGAGACUCCUAACCUAGCAAGUCCUCAACCAACAGAAGAACCUCCUGAGCCUAUGGCCAGUCCGGAAAGUGAGAGCAGCAAAGAGAGCCACACCAGUGACUCCGAUUCAGAUGGGCCAAUACUCUACACUGAUGAUGACGAUGACGACGACGACAACACAAGUGCAGAAAGCUCUUUGGCAAGUAAAAUCCGUCGUAGGGAUACUCUUGCUAUCAAACUUGGCAACAGACCAUCUAAAAAAGAAUUGGAAGACAAAAACAUCUUGCAGCGUACCUCUGAGGAGGAGAGGCAGGAAAUCAGACAUCAGAUUGGAACGAAGCUAGUGAGGAGACUUAGCCAAAGGCCCACAACUGAAGAGCUAGAGCAGAGAAAUAUCCUGAAGCAGAAGAAUGAAGAAGAAGAACAGGAAGCCAGGAGGGAAUUAAAACGCAGCCUCAGCAGAAAGCUCAGUCUGAGACCUACAGUGGCUGAACUGCAGGCAAGAAGAAUCCUACGUUUCAAUGAGUAUGUGGAGGUAACGGAUUCCCCGGAUUAUGAUCGCCGAGCAGACAAGCCUUGGGCAAGGUUAACUCCUGCAGACAAGGCAGCAAUACGGAAAGAACUGAAUGAAUUUAAAAGCACAGAAAUGGAAGUACAUGAGGAAAGUCGACAGUUUACAAGGUUUCAUCGUCCAUAAUUGUUUGACAGUAUCCCAUACUUCACACCCCAGUUUCCUUUGGGACAAUCAUUGCAUCAUGAAGACCUGAGAUUGCACUGGAACUUGAACGAGUGUGAGUGUGUGUUGCAGCUUACCCUGAGGUUAAUGAAGAAUGUGGCUCUCAUCUUUAUUGGAGAACAAGAGAUUUGACUGGGACCAGAACCCAGGGAAAGUGGGGUAACAUUCCAUAUUAACUAAGCAAUGUCUCGAUGGUAAGAGAGAUUGUGGUUCUGUGGCUAGCUCACACAGAUACGUUGAUAUUUUUUCAAUCAAAGCUUGAGCAGACAGGAAGAGCUGAAGACAAUCGUUUGACAGCCUGUGGCCAGGAGCUCAUCAGACUUUACAUCAUGGUGACUGAGGGUAAUUGUGGGUACAGCGGGAACACAGAAAGAGGCGGGCGGGGAAAGAGAUUUCACCUGUCAGUUAACAGAAAAAAGUUAGAACAAACUGAUAGUAAAUUCUUUAUGAAACUGGUUUAAUUAUAUAUUUGGAUGGCAGGAGGAAAAAAUUUGUAAAUCUGAGAGUUUGAGCAAGUGUGUGUGUGUUUUCUAGAGAUGUCAGCCUGUCCUAGCAAGACAGUAAGCCGCCAAGUCCUCAUUUCAUCAGUACUUUAGUGAAGUACAGUAAUUUUUGUGGUGCCAGUGAACCUACUUGCCAGAAAAUAUUCUUGUUAUAAUUCAGAUGUAUUUUUUAAAAUUCUGAAAAGCAUGCUUAAAGAAAAUACAUUGAGUAUUCAUAUAGCACAGCUAAAUAUGGUUGGUGUUUUUUUAAUACAAUUACACCUUGGAUUCUCCAUGAUGAUGCAUCAGAAUUACAUGAGUAGGUUUCAAAGGACAAAUAAGACACUGUGAGUGCAAUGAAAGGAUUCAGGUUUUGAAACACUCUUCUUUUGUCUGUCACUCACGUUGUCAAAGUAGUGGCACCAAUAUCUCUGUGAACUAUGGCAGACAGUAUUGACAAUCAUGACAUUCUAAUUUGAAUCCAAAAUUAGAACUGAAAUCGGCCAUGAAUUUGCAUAUAAGUAGGUUUGGAAAGUGGUUAACAAUGUGACUUUAACUUUAAGAGCAACCUUAGAUGGAUCCCUUGGAUUGCUUCUAGAAAGAAUUAACAAGUGGAUCAGUACAUCUUCAUCAAGGGCCUUGUAAAAGCUACAGAAAAUCCUUAGUGUCCACAGCCUGUUUUUGUUGUAUGCAAAGAAUGCUUAUUAACUCACAACUUCUGAAAUUGUAUUUAUGAAUACAAUACUAUUAAAAUUAAAUGGUAUGGAGCGUGAAAGGCAAUAUGUGCUUUUGUUAUGUCAGCCCUAAGGCCUAUUACAAGCCUUCGGCAUUGUUUACACUAAAAAAUUCUCUGUCUUAUAUUGGCACUUAUUUAUCCUUUGAUUUAUGUACACAAUGAUUUUUCUGGGCCUGGAGUACACAUAAACAUAUAUGUAAUGCAGUAUUACAGUAUAUAUGCUAUUUAUCCUUUUUUAUAUGUGUACAUAAUUACAAUUUAUUUUUGUCUUUUAUGUGCCCUGUUUAGUUUUUAAUUAUGAAAGGUAGGUAUUUUUUCAGGCAAUAAAAGGUCUGUGCAGAGUGAUUUUUACCUCAGAUUCUGCAAUAGGUUCUUGUGGAGUGUUUUUUUAAUUUAUAAAAUUGAAGAUUGUCAUUUUAGAUGUCAGCCUAAAGGCGGAAUGCAAUUUAAUGGCUAAAAUUAGAUCUAUCUCUUUACUGAUAUUUACAACAAGACCAGGUUUGCAUAAAUGGGAUGGAUUAUUUUUGUAAAGGGCAUUCAAGUAAUAGCAGAGUGCUUUCCAUGAGCUGGCUUUCUGUUUAUUUUUAUAUAGAUUGAUUUAAACAUUUUAAGGAAAUAGGUUGAUAGAACCUUUUAGAUCACUUUAAUUUUGGUAAAAAUCCUACAAAAUGCAGUGUAAGAACCCAAAAAUAUCAAUAACUAGUAAAACAGCCAACUACAAGCUUAUAGCAAAUAAAAAUAAUCAGCAUUGUUCCGCCUCUUACUGGAAUCAAUUAGGUGUAUUAAAAAUAGAAUUAGUAGGAAACAAUUUAGCUUCUGCAAUGCCAUCAUUUUGUAACUAUGGAAGCAGCAUUUUUACAUCAAAGAAGCAAUGAAAAUGUAUGCCACACUAAAUCAUACAGAUAUGUGCAAGCCAUUAGUUAUAGUUUUGACAGCAUUCCUAUUAAAAUCCCUUAUUUUCAGGGUUUAAAACCCAGCCAUAAUAAUGUACCCUGGAUUAAAGCUUGGCAAAACAAUUCUUCUCCAGAGACUGUUUUUUUGUUUGUUUGUUGCCAAAUUUAGAAGAAAGUAUGGAGUGCAAAAUAGAGUAGAAGUUUACUAUUUUGGCACUGAACCAUAUAAUUUGAGUUUUUAUUUCAAAAAAAUUAAAUGGGACAACUGACAGGUCCUUAAUACGACCUAAUCACUUCGAUAGUUUAAAAAAAAAUUACAAAGGGAUUAAAUUUAGAAAAGUGGCUAUGAUAUAUGCCCUGUAAAAAUUUUCACAAAUGUAUGGCCUGACCCUGCAAAUGCUAUGCCGGAUAGAAGUCCCAUUUAUAUCACUGUGUGAGUAAUGACUACCCAUGUAAGUUAAAGCCAGCAGGACUGGGAAUUUAGGGCCCCCUUCUACUCCCAGUGUAAUCAAUGGUGGGCUUUGCCAUUGAGAACAUAUGCCAUUUUAUAUAUUUGACAACUAAUAGAAGCUACCGUGGCCUCCACUGUUAAAAUAAGGUACAAACUAUGGCCCUAAUUCAACAAAGCACUUAUCCACAUGCUUAAAAUGGGAUAAAGGAAGUUGACCUCAGUAGGACUUAUGCACACACUUAAGUGCUUUGCUAAAUUAGAACUUACAAAUUGUUUAUGUAUAAUAUACAUACACGUUUAAGCCUGUACAUAUAUUUUAUAUAUUGUAAAUAGCAACAGGUUUGGAGGACAAAAGCUGUAAAGUAUUGACCAAGCGAUAGACAAGUUAAUGAGAUUGUGAUACACUGUACUGCUUGAUGAGGCAAGUUUGCUUUUUCUUGCUGAGCUACACAGCUUCAGAUGUCAGAUAUGUCUCUUGGUCCUUUGUACAGGUUGCCUCAGAGUCUUUCAAAUUGCUGUAGUGGAAAGGAAUAUGAUGCGUAUCUAAGCCCCAGAGGGGCUGGCAGCAUGCAACUCAGCAAGAAAUAAUCACAAGUACUGUAACAUGAGGCCUAGAGAAGGAAAACUGGUUGAAGAGGGUCAACAUGGCAGUCCCUAAGGCAGAAAAUGAGAGGGAAAAGAGGUGAAAAAGUUCCCACCCUGGUGCCAAACACAAUCCAAUUAGCUGAAAUGGGUGAUGUGAUCAAUGUUAGUUUGAACUUCUGUCCAGAUAGACAAUUAAUACAACUCCUAUUUUAGGAUACUUGACCAUGGCUUAGUUACCUGUAUUGUGUUCAGCAAUCCAAGUGGACAUAAAUAUAUAUAUAUAGACACAUUCAGUAGACUGGAGUAACCAUUUCAAAAUUAUUGGACAUAUAAUAGGCUCAGGUCUCAAUCUUGCAUUUGUCUUGCACCCGGACAUCCCACUGUAUUGUACUUGAGGGUACACAGGAUUGGGUCCUUAAUAAAAUCCUAAACUCUUAUGUACAAAGCAGAUUGAAAUGUCUGAAGGAGUCACUCCGACCUCUUAGAUGACAUUUGUAUCUCCUUAUGGGUGAACUGAGAAGCUUAUAAAAAUUGUAUAAAAUCCUAAAUAAUUAAUAGGAAAUACAUGUAGACUUAAAAAUUAAACCUGUUUUAAGACAAGAUACCAGUAGCUAAAAAUCAUUUUGGACAGGGAUUGCAGGUCUAAGUCUGUUAGGGCCGAUCCUACAGCACUACCAAGGACAGAGAUUACUGCCAGGAGUAGUCUAAUUGAAGUCAAUGAGCUUACUUGCCGUAAUAAAACAUACAGUGGGUUUACAGGGUUGUAAGUGUUUGAAGGAUCAAGCACUUAUCUAGAAACACCAAAGUUCAAAGUUCCAUGUGUGCUCUCCUAUAGUUGACACUACUAACUCCUAAAGCAGUGCAAAAAUUUAAGGCCACGCCCUGCCCUGCUUUAGUGAAGCUUACGUCAAUUAUUACAGAAGAAAUACUGAACUCACUCAUUGGCAGAUACAGAUCUUUUCAGAUCAACUCUAAAGAAUGUUUUUCUUUAAAAUCAAAUGAAAGCUGUGACCCAAACUUAAAAAAAUCCUGAAAAUUCAAAGGUAGAUGCCCUUUCUGACUCACUUUCAACAGUACUCCAUCUUCAAUGGAAUUGCUUCACAUACAAGUCUUGUCAACAUUUAUGCUACAUCCAUUUUAAAGAACCUGAUUACAACAUGGUUGUCCCUCAACCUAAUUACAAACCUGGUCUGAUCAAGGAUAUAAAUAAAUAUGAAUAAAAACGCAUUUACAGCGAAGUCUAUAUUACAGUCUAUGGGGGAACCAUAGCCCCAAUCCAGCAUCCAUUGAUUUCAAUGGAAAGAAUUCCCUUCACUUUGGUAGGCAUUGGAUCAGGCCCCAUGUUUGUAAUCAGGUUAGUGACCAAAUGAGUUGUAAUCAGAUGCCCUGACAUGACUGUCUCUGUGUAGUAUAGAUAUAGAGCUUUAUGCUGCUGUAAACAGAAAUCACAAUCUGGCCCUUUGGCCUUAAUUUCCACUUUAGUACUUUUGUCAGAUGGUAGCAUGAGUUAAAGGCUUAUGCUGUGUCCAUCAGCACACUGGUUGUCCUGGCACGUCACAGUGCAUCAUUUAAUACUUUAACACCUUUUUUAUUUGUAUCUCAAGGAGUUAAACCUGUGCAGCUGCUGUAAAUCAAAAUUAAGAUGUUCUCAGGGUGAAAAACAGAUUUGCCUCCUGCCUUUAGGAGCCACCAGAUUUAGCUCUACUGUUGUUGAUAUUGGUAUUUUUAUUGUACAAAGCACAGUGCAAUACUCACUGCUGGGACUUAAAAACUAGCUUUUGGAGGACAAGAAUGGUAUUUAGGAAACCAGUUGUGAAAGAUGUUUUUAGGUUGCUAGUGAAAUAUUUUGAGAAUAAAAUAAAAAGGAAAGACAAUAAAUCCCCUUGAAUAGCUUAAAUCGUCUGUUUAGAAAUAGGCAUCUGAAAAAUCUUAUGAAAGUAUAGAUAUAGAUCAAGAGGGAGAGAUGCAGUAGAAAAAACAAACUUCAAUGUAAUAUUAUGGCAGGUUUCUAUUUAUUAAUUUUAAUGAAUGAGGUCAUGUUUUAUUAUGUCAAUCUCUAUAUCUUGUUCCAGAACUUUAAUGAAAAUACAGCUCAUGUGAGCUACUGUAGCAACGCAAGAAAGUUGUUUUUAUACCAGUAGGUUUGUUUGUGUGUUUGUUUUUUAUUUGUUUUUCCAUCUAGACGCUAAAUACUGUAUUGGGUAGGAACAAAGGAAUUAAUGAUAUUCUAUGCCUGUCUUUACUCUAUCAUUAUUUCUUGAUUCACCAUCUUGCAAUACUAUGUCAAAUUUAACCAUGGUUAAGUAUUGUUAUAAUAGAGUAAAAUGAUGCUGAACAUAUCUUCUCUUCCUUUUGCUAUUCUGUGUGGUGGUAUUUUGAUUUGUAAAUUUGUAUACAUUUUGGAAUUAAAGAAACAUUGUGUUUUGGACAAUUAUUUUAAUUGGUAUGAUUUUGAGCCAAACAACAAAAUCUGUGACUUAAAUGCAUUGCUUUGAUGGACAUGUAAGUGUACCAGGUUUUUUUGGAUUUUGAUAUAGCAAAAGCUAAUUUAAUAGAUCCAUUAAAAUAGAGCUUAUGAAUUUUUAUUUUUCUUAAAGAGAAAAAGAAUUCUAUUUGCAGCAAAAUGUUAAAUCUAGGCAAGUAGAUGGAUCGGCACGGACAUUUCUGUAUAUUGAAGAACCAAUAGCUUUCUACCACUUGCCAGUUUUUUUCUUUACUGACCAAUUGCUCUGGCUAUUAGCAUACCCUGACAAUAUCAAUAUGUCAUUGUGUUGCAGACCUAGAAGUACACUGGACUUUCAAGAAAAAGUAUUCUCUGAUGCAGAAUUGAACUGCACCACAGUUAGGGCUUGAUACUGCAAAUCUUUGCUCAUGUGACUCUUUCCACUGAAGUCCACUGGGACACUUCAAAGGGAUGCCUCCCUUGCCAGGGGUUUGCCGAGUUAGCCAAGCAUUAAAACAAUAGAAAGGAAUAAAACCCACUAUGUACAACAUCCAGCUAGAGCUAGUGAUAGAAUUCCUAUAGGGGCUGAUCGGGCUUUCAUUGAAGUCAAUGCAAGUUUUGCCAUCAGCUUCUCUAUAAGCAGGUUAGGGCCCAUAGUCACCCAGAGUUAAAUCUUGGCUACACUGAAGGUUUUAUCAUUGAUUUCAUUGGGAUCAGGAUUUCUCUUGCAGAAUAUAAUCGAGGUUGUCAUUAUAUGGCAACAAUCAAGGUUGUUAUAUAUAUAUACCAACAGGCACUAGAACAGUUUCACUUUCUUCUUAUUAGUUGGAUUAAAAACGCAAACAAAACAUGCUCAGUUGUACUCAAAGUAUCCUGCCUGAAUUUCACCAAAGUUCCGUACUUAAAACUCAAAAGAAAGAAGCAAACAACAUUCCAGGGUUGAUUUUCGGCUGCCUUGCCAGUUGUGUAGUCAUUGGUAUCUAUGCCAAGUAGGUGUAAAAUGUCACCAGUUCAGAACUGUGGCAUU